AUGACGGGGAAGGAGCACCUCAUCGUCGGGGUGUACGUGGACGAUCUUAUCGUCACCGGCGCGCAGGCGGUUGAUAUCGCGCGGUUCAAGGAGGAGAUGGCGGCGUGUUUUCGGAUGAGCGACCUGGGGGUGUUGUCCUACUACCUCGGCAUUGAGGUGAGGCAGGGCGAGGACGCUAUUAAGCUUAGACAGCGAGCCUACGCGCUGAAGCUACUUGAGCGGGCAUGCAUGGCUGGUUGCAAGCCGCAUUAUCGGCGGGCUGCGCUGGCUCACACACGGCGCCCGGACAUCGCCUUCACGGUGUGGUUCGUGAGCCGUUUCAUGGAGGACCCAAGGGAGGACCAUUGGGUAGCGGUCAAGCGGCUGCUGCGGUAUGUCCAGGGCUCAGCGGAGUUGGGCAUCGUCUUCCCCAAGCGUGGCGGCGUCCAGCUUUUGGUGUUCAGUGAGGUGCCGCCAGAGGCGGUGGAAGGAGCAGCGCUGACGGCGUUCAGUGAUGCAGACAUGGCCGGCGAUAUUGAUGGACCGCGAAGCACCUCCGGCGUGCUCGUCUUCCUUGGCUCAUCACUGGUGGCUUAG